AUGGUAGAGGACGAGGGGGGGAGCGGCUUCCGCCGUGUGAGCACCGUGACCCGCGUGAAUGCCGCGCGCCCUGGCCGUAAUAGCGAAGACGACGAAGAGAGAAGGACCCUCCCCCCUAGCAGAGAUGAUACCAUCCACUUGGAGGAAGACGAGACAGGGGAGUCUCCUCCGCUCGCCACCUCAAAAGGGAUCAGCCAGCUCUCAAUUCAAGAGAUCAAGGUGGGGAAGCUGAACUUAAGAUCGUUUAGACGCAAGAGGGAGGAAGAAAAAAAGAAGAAAAAACAGGAUGGAGGUGGCGAAAAUGACAAAUAUGGCGAAGACGCAGAUGAGCUAGACUACAUCGAUGACCUGGAUGACGAACGCAGGGGUGACCCCCCCAGUGGCACCCCCUCGUCCGACAAGGAAGACGUCCUUACCAAGAGCAGCUCCACCUGCACGGAGCUCCUGAAUGGUCGGUUAUUGCUAAGUGGGUACGAAUUCGCGGCGGACGGUGAAAAAUUGAGAGAAAAAAAAAUCACCCACAUUGUUAAUAUGGGAGGGGAAGAAUGCCCCAACAGAUUUGAAGCGACCAUUUCGUACAGAACGUACUACGUGAAGGACGACUUGCGAGAAGACAUGUUUUAUACUCUCCUGGAUGCGGCUCACUUUAUCGAAGAAAUGCUAACCAGUGAGAAAGGAAACAAAAUUCUAGUCCACUGCAACAAGGGAGUUUCCAGGUCCGUCAUCGUAGUUAUAUUUUUUCUCAUGACCCAUCUGGAGUUACCAUUUGGUGAUGCGUUCGAUCUGGUGAAGAAGCUACGCCCUCUGUCUAACCCUAACUUGAGCUUCGUCUCGCAGUUGCUAUGCCUGUUUCGGUUACGCAGGCGGCUUCGGAUCAGUGCCGUGGAAGAAACAGCUCUGGUGGGCAGCAACGGAGUAGCGACUCUGGCGGGCAGAAACAGAGUAGCGGCUCUGGCGGAACCCCCCCAAGGUGUCGACCCCCCCGGAGAAGUCACGCUCAUUUUCCGAAUCGAUGCAGCAGGUAAGGCACUCACGCUGACCAACCUGAUGAGCCUCUCCCCAGAUGAGAACGCCUGCACCAGUUGUGACAGCGCGGGUACGAAGGUCAUAGAGAUAGACCGGCGAUUUAACUACGUGGUGACCACAAACUUUCGCGCAUUCUACUUGUUGCUGCUUGACUCUACCUUCGAAGACGUGUGCACUCCCUUCUUUGAGCGCUUUGCCAGGAUAUGUCGAACCUUUUUUCAUUGCUGCCCUUCCGACUCGGCCGACUCGACGGACUUGACCCAAACUAUUGUUCGCUCCGACGUAGGCGAGCUCAUGCAGGGACUCCGAUUGGAAACACUACUGGUUAACGCCCUUCCCUGCAACGACGUGGCGUACCGAAAGGUGCAGGAGGUGUCGCAGCAGGUGCUGCAGCGGGGUGAGCACUAG